AUGGCUAAACUGGGUUCGUUUUUUCGUCGCUUUUUUAACUCGUUUUCAUCUGAUGAACACCAUCAAACGAUGACUUCAAUUGAACCACAAUGCAACAUUGUUCUCAUCCCUCCACCAUCAUCGUCAUCGCCGACAAGUUUCACUACACAUAAGACAACAACAAUCACUACUCGUUCAUGUACAGUAUCACCACAAUCAUCUCCACAGAUCACGAUAAAACAAACAAUCAUGAACGUCGAAAGAGUUACUACAACAACGAAUUCCAACUAUCUUUCUUCCGAAAUUAAUAAAACUAAUGUUCGACGUUUAAGUGCACCUCUUCUCAUUCAAUCAUCAACAAAUCAACAUCAAUCACAAUUUCCCUCGACAAUUGUUAACGAACUCACGGAACAAGCACUGAUAUCUUCAUUGCAUCGUCUUUCGAUUUCAUCUGUACCGACAAAUGUUCUCAAUCGCAAAACUAGCCAGUCCAGUUUAAACAACACUCCUCUCGCUAGCGCAUCCACAAAUGUUUCAUCACGACCCGACGUUCGGUCAUCGUCUUUCAAUUUAACUCCAUCAUCGAGCUCGAUGAGUAAUAAUCUUGUAGGAAACAAUCAUUCGCCAUCAUCCGGUAGGUCAAUCAUUGUUUGUUUUAUUUUAUUUAAAAAUUCCCAUGUUCAAACUGGUACUCAGUCUUUUAUACUCUAUUGCAUUCAAUCGAAUAGCUCACCAACACACAGUAGUGCUAUGAAAGAUACUUCACCAACCGGCGAGCCCAUCGUUUAUAAUCAUUCAGAUCGAAAAAUGUCAUUACCCGCAAGAGGACGACGUCCAUCUAUGUUUGAUCCUAUCGAUCCAAAAGAAUUGCAACAGGCUUUGUAUGCAUCAGCAGCUGUAAAUGCAUCAGUUCCAUCGAUAUCCGACGAGGAAAUUCAUCCCAAUCGAGCAAUAUCUCAUAUAAAACUUAUUUAUGAUCGUGAUGGUGAACAUAUCUUUAUCGAUAGUUUAUCGUUUGAAAACAUGCAACUGCUCGAUUCAUUUAUGAGUUCGACUACAAACAUCAAUUCGUCUGCAGGAGUUAGUAGCAAUACCAAUGGAAAUAAUAAUGAUUUUAUUUCCUUCUACUGUCGCUUUCGCCUAUGUCCUGAACGGCGCAGUUUAUUUCAAACAGACAUUAUUCGUCAUCCACGUUCGCAAUCAUUCCAUAUCUUUGAUUUGAAGGAAUUACACGAUAUGAAUUUAUCACCUGAUCAACUGUCCAAUCAUUCAAUCGAAAUGAUUUUGUAUAAAGUUGGCACAACUAAACCAGCAUAUAAAGAUAUUCGUAUUGCUUCUGUUAAGUAUGACCUCGAAGGUUUAGUUGAAAGUGAUGAAAUCUCCAUGCGGAAACCACUUGAAGAAUGUGAUCCAGCAUUGAUGAUACAGGAUCCAGAUUUAGGCAAUUUAUUAGUUUCAUUAUCUUACUUACAAAGUGCUGCUAAAUUAGCUGUUGUCGUACUUGAAGCAAGAAGUCUACGACCACUUUCAAUUGAAAGUAAACCAUUUCCAGAGGCGUGUGUAAAAGUCACAUUGUACGAUCGAAAUGGUAAGAAACUUAAACGAAAGAAAACGAGUGUACAAAAAGCCUCUGAUUGUCCAACAUUUAAUGAAGAACUUGUUUUUGAAUUACGUCGCGAUAUUGCCCAAGAAGUCAUGAUUGAAUUACGUGUUGUACACGAAUCCCUAUCCUAUAAAGAACAACUUGGAUCAGUUACAUUCGGUCCAGCUAUUGUUAACAUUACUAAAGGAUAUAUGACACAAGAAAAUGCAUAUUGGUCAAUGAUUUUGUCGGGUGAAUCUCUCAAUGCGCAAUGGCAAAUAUUAAAAAUGCCUGUACGAAUUGAAGAAUCCAAGUAA